GAGCUUUUCCAGACUGAAGCUGAGGACUUGGCAAGAAAAGACAAGAUGUCUCCUGAAUCAAAAAAACUUUUCAACAUAAUUAUUCUGGGAGUCUCAUUUAUGUUUAUAUUCACUGCUUUCCAAACAUGUGGAAAUAUUGCGCAAACUGUUAUCACAAAUUUAAACAACACUGAUUUUCAUGGCAGUGGCUACACAAGCAUGUCCAUUAUUUAUGGGGUAUUCUCUGCAUCAAAUCUUAUAUCGCCUUCAGUGGUUGCAAUAGUAGGACCUCAACUCUCCAUGGUUGUUAGUGGCAUAUUUUAUAGCCUAUACAUUGCAGUUUUUAUCCAGCCUGCUACAUGGGCUUUCUACACUGCUUCUGUUUUUAUUGGCAUUGCGGCUGCUGUACUCUGGACGGCACAGGGAAAUUGCUUGACUGUAAAUUCUGAUGAAAACACCAUUGGAAGGAACAGUGGAGUAUUUUGGGCACUCUUGCAGUCCAGCUUGUUUUUUGGAAACCUCUAUAUAUACUUCGCUUGGCAAGGAAAAACUCACAUAUCAGGGAGUGAUCGUAGAACUGUCUUCAUUGCUCUGACUGUUAUCAGUCUUGUGGGCACAGUUCUGUUCUUUCUGAUUAGGAAGCAAGAGGACACAAAAGCUCCAGGGGAGGAAGAUUCUGCUAAUGAAAUCUUGGGGGACAGCUCGUCUGCACAAAACAAAAUGGCGAGAGCAGUGGCUGCCUUCAAGAAAUCCAUAAAGCUGAGCUUCACCAAAGAGAUUAUGCUUCUCAGUGUUACAACAGCCUAUACAGGCUUGGAAUUAACAUUCUUUUCUGGAGUAUAUGGAACAUGUAUUGGUGCAGUGAAUAGGUUUGGCAGUGAAGAGAAAAGCCUUAUUGGUCUUUCUGGUAUUUUUAUUGGUGUUGGAGAAAUUUUAGGUGGAGGAAUCUUUGGUUUACUGAGCAAGAAUAAUCGCUUUGGCAGGAACCCUGUUGUGAUGCUAGGCAUUGUUGUCCAUUUCAUAGCCUUUUAUUUAAUUUUUUUCAACAUGCCAAAUGAUGCACCUAUUGCGCCUAUGCAAGGAACAAAUGAUGUUGCUUAUAUGAUUCCAAGCAAAGAGGUGGCCAUAUUCUGCAGCUUUCUGUUGGGCUUGGGGGACAGCUGUUUUAACACCCAGCUCCUCAGUAUUUUAGGAUUCCUGUAUUCAGAAGACAGUGCUCCUGCCUUUGCCAUCUUUAAGUUUGUUCAGUCCAUCUGUGCUGCAGUUGCAUACUUCUACAGCAACUACUUCCUUCUGCAGUGGCAACUCCUGAUCAUGGUGGCUGUGGGCUUCUUUGGAACAAUUACUUUCUUUACAGUGGAGUGGGAAGCAGCAGCAGCUCUUGUUGCCCGUGGCUCGGACUACAACAGCAUUUGAUCUAGAUACC